AUACUGUAUUUUCCCUUUACUGUAUUUUACUGUAAAGGAUGGAACGCCUUCCUCGCUCUGGGGGAAGAGGAAGGCUCCUGAACAAUGACCAAGAGCUGGCCAUUGUGGCAAUGGUUGUUGCAAACAACGAAAUCAGACUGCGCGAAAUUCAGGCCAGAAUUGUUGACGAAAAUGAAGUGUUUGAGAACAUCAACAGCAUCAGUCUCACUACCAUUGCACGCACACUAUCAAAACACAGAGUGCGAAUGAAGCAGCUCUACACUGUACCGUUCAAUCGGAACAGUGAUCGAGUGAAGGAUCUACGAAGGCUGUAUGUGCAGAGAGUCAUGGAAUUGGAGGCCAACCAGGUCCCUCACGAAUUUAUCUUCAUCGACGAGGCUGGCUUCAAUGUGUCAAAAAGGCGUCGUCGCGGAAGAAAUGUAAUAGGAAAAAGGGCUACAGUUGAUGUACCAGGGCAGAGGGGUGCCAACAUCACUAUGUGCGCAGCAAUAGCACAUACAGGCUUACUUCUGCACAGGUCUCAGGUCGGGCCUUACAACACAGAGCGCCUCAUUGCAUUCAUGAAUGACCUUCACCAGCAACUGGUUCCAAAACAAUAUGAUGAGGGUGACAACAUCAGCACCUUCGUGAUCACGUGGGAUAACGUUGCUUUCCACCACUCACAGGCAGUGACGGCAUGGUUCAGGGACCACCAAAGAUUUGUACGCCUCUUCCUUCCACCAUAUUCACCAUUCCUAAAUCCGAUAGAGGAAUUCUUCUCGGCAUGGAGGUGGAAUGUGUAUGACCAUCGGCCACAUGAUCAAAUGACCCUCCUGGAUGCCAUGGAUGCUGGCUGUAGGGACAUAACAGCGGAAGACUGCCAAGGCUGGAUCCGGCGCUCAAAGCGUUUUUACCCUAGGUGUAUUGCCUUGGAAGACAUAAGAUGUGAUGUAGAUGAAAACAUGUGGCCAAACCCAGAUGAUAGAAGAGAUUAG